UGUUGGGUCGGUUUGAAAGCCCGCGCGGGCGUCGCGCUCCGCUGUGACGGCGGAGGAUGCUGCGAGCGAGCGGAGCCUGAGGCGCGGCGGGGGCUGACAGGGAUGCUUUGUGGCGUCUCCCGCCGGGCUACCGGCCUGGGUUUUCGGCGGGCAGUUGUACGAAGUUGGUUUCUAAGAGAAAUGAACAGAAAUAACCCAUUUUGAGGAAGGCAUGGCAAAACCAAAUACAAAACACAGAGUUUGUUCUCGGGAAUCUUCAGUAUCUUCUCUGUUAGCAAGCUGCAGCCUCAGUGGUAGUAAUUCCUGUAACCCUGAUGUCUCUGUUCAGUAUAAGGAUAAACUGUACAGUUCUGCAUCUCAGGCUCUACAAGCCUAUAUUGAUGAUUUUGAUCUAAGCCGGAUGUAUCCUGGUGUAAGCACUGGAAAGAUUAACAUUGAUAAAUGUCCUGCUAAUAUGCCAGAAUUCUCCAACUAUAUUUAUAAACCAAACCAUGCUUUUGAAAAAUUUGAUCACAAAGAAAGCUCCUUGUCCUUAUCUUCUAGAAGACGGACUGUUAAUGACAUAGACUCCAUUAGCCUCACAACUGAUGAUCUGUUAAAACUUCCAGCAGAUGGAUCAUUUCCUUUUACUUGUGUUGGACCAGGUCAUCAAAUUACCAAGAAAACUAAGAAAUGCAUUGGAAGACUGAGUUUAUCGGACACUGAAAAGAAUCAAAAUUUUCAAGAGCCCUGCAUUGCCAGGAGCAAGGAUUACUUAGUUACUCCUGUUGUAUAUACAAAUAUAAAUGGAAAGCAGUGUCGUAAGCUAAAAAACUUAAAACUUGUGAAUAAGACAACUAAAUGCACUUCUGAACCAUCCUUUUUAAAGAAAUCAUCUUUCAAGGACAGUUCAGAACGAGAUCUUGAGAAGAAUUACCCACGAUGGCUCACUGGCCAUAAAUCUGACCUUAAUGUUUCAGGGAUAACUAGUAUACCUGAUUUCAAAUAUCCAGUCUGGCUCCACAAUCAAGACUUGCUACCUGACACAAAUAGUCAAAGUAUUUAUAAAGUAUUUAAAGAUGAGCAGUGUUCCCCAAGACAUAGUUAUCAGGCACAAAGAACUUCUCGACCUAUGAAUAAAUUAGAUUGUUUUGAAUAUUUUGAACCUUCAAAUAUUUCAGAUUUCUUGAGUGGUGAUAAAGGAUUUGUUAAUGAAUAUAAAUGUGAUUCUGAGCAUAGCCAAUGUCAGUGUGAGAAUCCACUUCUUCCAGGACAAUCCAAAAAGCCAUUCAAUGGUGACAAAAUUGAAUUACUUAUCCUGAAGGCCAAGAGAAAUCUAGAGCAUUGUACUAAAUUACCGAAGUCUAUGAAACAGGAUGAUAGUCCUUGUUCAUUAGAUAAACUGGAAGCAGAAAGAUCGUGGGAAAAUGUUCCUGUUACUUUUAAGUCUCCUGUUCCUAUUAACUCUGAUGACAGUCCUCAACAAGCUUCAAGGACAAAGUAUGCUAAAAGCUUCCUUGAAGACUUUUUAAAUGAUGAUGAUCAGAGCUGUACUCUGUCUGGAGGAAAACAUCAUGGUCCUGUUGAAGCCCUGAAACAAAUGUUAUUUAAUCUUCAAGCUGUACAAGAAAGUUUUAAUCAGAAUAAAACUAUGGAGCCAAAAGGAGAGAUUAAACAAGUUUCAGAAGAUGAUUUCUCUAAAUUACAAUUGAAGGAAGGUAUGGUUCCUAUUACUAAGUCACUUCAAAACUUCAUGGAGAUUUCUGACCAAAUUGAGGAACUCUCUCUUGGGUAUACCAAAAUGUGCCUGAAGAUGAAUCAGGACAAGAUUCCUUUCUCCCACCUGUAUUUUGAAUACAUACAAUUACUCAUAGAUUUGGAUUAUUGUUUUAAGUUUUCCUGUCACACCCUUCACUGUGUCUCAGAACCUAUUUGAUGGAAGUGCUAUCGUGAAGAAGUGAACUUGCCAAAAGGCACGUGGCAUGAAAGCAGACAAAAGCAGUAAUAGGCCAAUAAAAUUGGUCAUUUCUUAACAACUGAAGUUUCUUCAAAUGUGGAAGACGGUGUGUCAUUCUAUUCCCUCUAUCAGUUGGAAAUUUCACACAUGGGCCGGUGUUCGUUUUGUUGUAGAAGACCGAAGAAACCCAAGCGACGCUUAGAGAAAUGGAGUCACACAGCUUUAUCACACCGGCGGUCUCAGAGGCGUCGCCUCCAGAGUCCGAGCAAACCAAUAUGGUGGAAGCCCUUCUUUUAUCCCCUUUUGGUGUCUUUGUCCCCCAAAUAUGGACGGGGACUUUGGACCUUUCGUGGGCUUUGCAAGAAGCCCUAUGGGUUGGGAUGGGGGUCUUGAGAUCACAUCUAAGGGCCUGGCCUGGUGCCAGUGCUGAUAACCCCCUUUGGGGGUUGUGUGUUGCUCAUGGUUUAUGGCCUCUGUAAAAUGUGAGCAUUUAGGUAACAGGUCUUGCAAGACCAGAUUGUGGAGGAAAGUGACUUAUAGGUUAUCAAGAAUGUACAGUAGGUUACUGCACAGAUUCAGAUUGCUAGCCCCCCAAACAUCAGGGUUACAUUGGCAUUAGCCUUAGCCUUCUCAGUUUGGGGUGCAGUGCCUAUCACAAUGAUUGGGACAAACCUAGGCCUAAACCCGAACACAUUGUAGAGCAAUAAUUGUCAGAUACUUUUCCUGUGAUAUUUGAAGUUACUCCUUCCUACUUCUCUGCUUCCUUUCUUUUUAAAUAGUCAUCAGUGGUCAAUAGCAUUUUCCUUUUUUAACAAGAAAAUCUUUGCUUUUUACCCUCCCAGUUUACAUUAUUGUUAUCUUGAUGGGACUUGUCUGUGUAAC